AUGUCUCUGGGAUGGCUCACGGAGAGCUCCCUCAUCCCGAAGAAGGACCCGAAGCCCAUCCGAGGUGUGGGCUCCUCCUCGCUCUUCCGCCUGCAGGCCGCCGUGUUCGAGAGAGAGCGCCAGGGGCCCGCGCUGACCAAGAGGCGCCGGAUGGAGCUGGACGCCCGCAAGCGCAACGAGGGCGUGGAGGCUCGGAGCGCCAAGGACGAGGCGGAGGUGCAGGAGGAGAGCGGAGCCCCAGCGCCUGGGCAGGCAUUCAGCAAGAGGCUGCUGGAGAAGGUGAAGCGCUACGAGGCCAUGGCUGCCGGGCGAGAGCGCGCUGGCGCGGAGUCCCUGGUGGACUUCGGCCAGAAGGCGGCGCUGUGUGAGGAGGAGAGCGGGUCGGCGGGCGCGGCGUUCGAGGAGGCGGAGGAGGGCCCGCCGCCGGGGCGCGCCGGCGCCGCGGUGCCGCCCCCCGCCUGCCUUGUGCUGCCUGGCGCUGGCCCCAGCAGCUGCAGCUCGGGCGCCGGCUCCGGCAGGACGCCUCCGGCUUCCGGCGCAGGCUCCCUGGCGCCUCGGGCGAGCCCCGAAGCGCCGCCGAGCGCCGCCGCGGCCCCCGCCGGCGUCGCCGCUGCCCCUGGCGCGGGCCCCUGCAGGGCCGCCGCCGCCGCGGGGGGCAGCAGGUGGGAUCAGCUGCCCCUUGGCGGGGCCGCCGGCCCGAGCCUGGGCACGCAGGCGCCAGCCUUCACCAUGCCGCCCCCGCCGCCGGGACCCCCCCCGGCGCGGGCGCCAGCUGCCCCGAGCCCGCUGGGAGCCCCAGCGGACGCCGCCGGGCAGCCAGUGUGCACCUUCCCGCCUCUGCCGCCCGGGCUGCCUCCGGACGGGGUGCAGCUCCCCAGCGCGCCGACGCAGGAUGCCUCCCCGGAGAGCCAGCCUGCGCAGCUGACGUCUCUGCUGGAGUCGGUCCUUGCUGGCAUGGUGCCCGCGGAGGUGGCGCAGGCCUCGCAGGGCGCCGCCGACCGCCCCGCGGCGCCAGAGCGCGCGUCAUCGGCGUGCGCGGCGCAGCGCACGCCGAUGACGGCACCGUUCGAGCGCUCCCGGGCCACGGCGGAGGACCUGGCGCACCAGGACUGGCUCCGAGAGCAGACCGCGCUGUGCCGGGAGACCGUCGGCCAAGCGCGCCAGCAGGCGCGCGGAGCCGUGCGGGACCGCCUGAAGGCGCUCCGGGCCACGAAGCUGUUGCUCUCCCACGGCUGGCUGGACGGCACGCUGGUCGCAGGCACGCUCCAAGAUGUCAUGGGCAGCUCCGGCAAGGCGGAGCCGCGGGACCUGGCAGUGGUGCCCGCGCAGGACCUCGUGUUCGUGAGCCGCUGCGGGCGCGAGCUGGCUCCGGCGCUGGCGCGCGUGCCCCCGUGCCGCCUCCGCGCCCCGACGGGCGCGGCCCCGCGGCUCUCGCUGCUGCUGGUGCGCUGGGGAGGCAAGCACCGGCUCGGAGAGGGCAUGGACCCGUCGCAGGAAGGUGACGGCGGCUGGGGACAGUUCGGUGCGCCGCCGACAGAUUGGUACAUGGACGGCAUUGUGCAGCUCGGGCUGCUGAGGCACCGGGUGCUGGGGGCUGGCGCCGACGGCCAGGGCCCGAGGGACUGCGAGGUUGCGUCGCUCUUCCUCGGGAGUUCCAGCGAGGUGGAAGGCCUGGCCGCCGCCGCCCCUGGGCUGGCCCGGCAGCUCCGCGGCGCCGCCCGCGCAUGCUUCUGGAUGUUGUGGCCCGCGGACUGGGAGACCGACUGGGCCUCACCAGGAUCGUAUAUUGGCUACGUGGAGCGCCGGAUGCUGUUCAAGGCAAUGCGCACAUGUGAGGCGGCCGGUCUUCCGACGGCCUUCCCUCACCCAGCGGUCCUCUACGAGGAGAUCAUGGGCGGUGGAUGGCCACCCUGGCCGCGGAGCGCGAGUCGCGCCUCCCUGCGGCCGUGCUCGCCAGCAGGGAUGACAUCGAGCGCGACGUCAGCGCGUCGGCGGCCUCGGCGCUGA